CGUCAACUUCGAUUUAAGGGAACGAAGAACGUUACGAAGUAAAAACCUUACCAACAAGCUUUUAGCAGCCGGUGCACAUUCUCGUUUCUUCGUUUUCCUUAAGCUGAAUCUACUACUCCAUGGAUGAUGCGAAGGUGAAGCAGCUUAAGCUCUUCGUUGAUCAAUGCAAAUCCAAUCCUUCCAUUCUCAACGAUCCUUCACUCUCUUUCUUCAGAGACUACCUUGAGAGUCUCGGUUGUAAGCUUCCCCCCUCAGCUUACGAACCUGGCGAGUCACCUCGAACUCGAAGCUCGAAACCCCGAUCAAUGGAAGAUAGUGAUGAGGAUGAGGACAUGGCGGACCUCAAAGAAGAGGACUCUUCGCAGGGAGCUUCUAAACCCGCUGACGAUGGAUACGAGAGUGAUAUAAUCGAGUCUGACCUUGAACUCGAAGGGGAUACUGUAGAACCUGACGAUGGUCCUCCACAGAAGAUGGGUGACCCCUCUACUGAGGUUACGGAUGAAAACCGUGAUGCUUCUCAAGCGGCCAAGGCAUUAGCAAUGGACGCAAUUCCUGAGGGUAAACUCGAGGAAGCUAUUGAACAUCUCACUGAGGCGAUUUUGCUAAACCCAUCAUCUGCCAUAAUGUAUGCGACCAGAGCAAGUGUCUUUAUCAAAAUGAAAAAACCUAAUGCUGCAAUUCGAGAUGCCAAUGCGGCUUUGGAGAUUAAUCCCGAUUCUGCAAAAGGAUAUAAGACUCGUGGCAUUGCCAGAGCAAUGCUUGGUCAGUGGGGAGAGUCUGCCAAGGAUCUUCACUUAGCAUCGAAGUUGGAUUUCGAUGAGGAGAUUAGUACAGUACUCAAAAAGGUUGAACCCAAUGCACACAAGAUUGAAGAGCACCAUAGAAAAUAUGAGCGUUUACGGAAAGAAAAGGAAGAGAAGAGGACGGAGCGUGAGAGGCAACGUCGUAAGGCUGAAGCACAGGCUGCAUACGAGAAGGCCAAAAGGGGAGAGCAGUCUUCUUCAAGUCGGAAGCCUGGAGGCUUCCCUGGAGGGAUGCCGGGAGGCUUUCCAGGGGGGAUGCCGGGAGGAUUUCCAGGGGGGAUGCCAGGAGGGAUGCCAGGAGGCUUUCCAGGGGGGAUGCCAGGAGGUUUCCCUGGAAGUAUGCCUGGUGGGAUGCCUGGAAACAUUGAUAUGAGCAAAAUUCUAAAUGAUCCUGAAUUAAUGGCGGCUUUCAAAGAUCCAGAAGUAAUGGCUGCUCUUCAAGAUGUGAUGAAGAACCCUGCUAAUUUUGCAAAGCAUCAGUCAAACCCUAAGGUGGCUCCUGUCAUAGCAAAGAUGAUGGGCAAAUUCGGUGGACCUAAGUAAACAAUGUUGUAAGAAUGAGGUUUCCAUCCAUAGUUACAUGAAGCUUUGUCAUUUUACAUGGUUUAGCUACAUUAGGAAAAGAUGGCGAGGCUCAUGCUAUGACUUUGCAUUUGCAUUUCUUAUUUAUUUCUUUUUGUUUACAUUGAGUUAGACCCUCAUAGUUGAAUCACAUCACUAUUUUUA